AAUUGUAUGAUUGGAUCCCCCCGCCUACAAUUAUGGUUUUGGUUUGGCCCGGUGCUCAGAGGGCGAGUGUAUUGCCGGCUGCAAAGGAUGCCUUUGGAACAACUCAAUAUCGCCAUCUGUCGGGCUUUAGGCUACUGUCUAUCCUACAUCUUUGCUGAUGAUCCACCGCCUCUAGGAUCCAUAUGCGUAACCGUUUCCAGACACCGGUUGACGUGAUAGCUUUCUCAUCAUUCAAUAUUUCAUAUCAACGAACAAAACGCCACAGUUUCCAAACACAAGACAGAGGGAAACUUGUUGUUGCUGGUCAAUAAUACCAAGGACAAUCACUUGAGUCGGUGAACAGUAGCUGACAGGAGUGUCUUUCUGCAUCUGCAUCCUUGGUGAAUUCCUCCACCUUGUCGCCGCCAAGGCAGGAGAACCGCCGCUUGUCUCAACGUUGUGAGGUACUGCCGGCGACACCAUGAGCCAGAGGUUUACAGUGACAGCCUUUUCCAAGAGCGACAUGUCAGACAUCCAGGGCGAGGUGAACCAACUGUUCGAGGGAGAUGAACCCACGCCGAACUAUUCAAAUAAAGAGGUGUCUUUCAAUACCGAGGUGGUGGUCGUGGAAGGUGAUGGGAACCCCAAGGAGAGUAGCCCUUUCAUCAACAGCAGUGAAGACACAGAGAAGAGCCAGCAAUACGAUGGCAAACAUAUGGCUCUGUUUGAGGAGGAGAUGGAGACCAGUCCCAUGGUAUCGUCUAUGCUCAGUAGUCUGGCAAACUACUCCAACCUCCCCCAGGGCAGCAAGGAGCACGAGGAGGAGGCCGACAAUGAGGAGGAAGACAAAAAGAAGAAGAAACCUGUCAAGGCUCCAGCGCUGGGGACCCUGAUGGGAGUGUACCUCCCCUGCAUCCAGAACAUCUUCGGGGUGAUCUUGUUCCUGCGGAUGACCUGGAUGGUUGGCAUCGGAGGAGUCAUUGGCUCCUUCAUCAUCGUCUUCAUGUGCUGUUCCACUACCAUGCUGACUGCAAUCUCAAUGAGUGCCAUUGCUACCAAUGGAGUAGUGCCAGCUGGAGGAUCCUACUACAUGAUCUCCCGUUCUCUGGGGCCUGAGUUUGGGGGUGCUGUGGGCAUUUGUUUCUACCUCGGGACAACGUUCGCUGGGGCCAUGUACAUCCUGGGGUCCAUCGAACUCCUACUGAUCUACAUCCUCCCCCAGGCCGCCAUUUUUAAGAUGGAGGGUCUGGAGGGGGCCGAGGCGGAGGCGGCGAUGCUGAACAACAUGCGUGUGUACGGCACUAUUGUGCUCAGUUUCAUGGCCACGGUGGUGUUCGUGGGGGUCAAGUACGUCAACAAGCUGGCCCUGCUUUUUCUGGCCUGCGUCAUACUCUCCAUCCUGGCCGUGUAUGCCGGAGUCAUCAAGACAGCCAUCGAACCGCCUGACUUCCCAGUCUGUAUGCUGGGGAAUCGCCCGCUGAUCUCCAAAGGGUUCGAUGUGUGCGCCAAAACACUGGAGAGUGGCAACGGCACAGUCACCACCAAGCUGUGGAAGAUCUUCUGCGAUACUCCCUUCCUCAACGCCACCUGUGACGAGUACUUUGCCAACAACAACGUGUCCUUCAUCCAGGGCAUCCCUGGGGUCAUGAGCGGCAUCCUCAAAGAGAACCUAUUUGGGAAUUACCUGGAGAAGGGCAAUCUGGUGGCCAAGAUUGGGAUUGCGACCGUGGAGGGCCCCGAUGAAACUCUGACCAACUCCAACCGCUACGUUCUGGCCGACAUCACCAGCUUCUUCACCCUUCUAGUCGGCAUCUACUUCCCCUCCGUCACAGGGAUCAUGGCCGGAUCAAACCGGUCUGGAGACCUGCGUGACGCGCAGAAGUCCAUCCCCAUCGGCACUAUCAUGGCCAUCACCACUACCUCACUAGUGUACAUGUCCGCUGUGGUCCUGUUCGGUGCCUGUAUCGAUGGAGUGGUACUAAGAGACAAGUUUGGAGAGGGAGUCAAUGGCAACCUGGUCAUUGGUACCUUGGCGUGGCCAUCCCCGUGGGUGAUUGUAAUUGGCUCCUUCUUCUCCACCUGUGGAGCGGGGCUUCAGAGCUUGACGGGCGCCCCGCGUCUCAUGCAGGCCAUCUCCAGGGAUGGUGUUGUGCCCAUCCUACGGGUGUUUGGCCAUGGGAAGGCCAAUGGGGAGCCCACCUGGGCCUUGCUGCUGACCGCCUGUAUCUGUGAGAUAGGGAUCCUCAUCGCCUCCCUGGACGCAGUGGCCCCCAUCCUCUCCAUGUUCUUUCUGAUGUGCUACAUGUUUGUAAACCUGGCCUGUGCCUUGCAAACCCUCCUGAGGACGCCUAACUGGAGGCCACGCUUCAAGUUCUAUCACUGGGCCCUGUCCUUCCUGGGCAUGAGUCUGUGUCUAUCGCUCAUGUUCAUCUGUUCCUGGUUCUAUGCCAUUGUUGCCAUGGUGAUCGCUGGCAGUAUCUACAAGUAUAUUGAGUUCCAUGGGGCGGAGAAAGAGUGGGGUGAUGGGAUACGAGGCAUUUCUCUCAGCGCCGCCCGAUAUGCUCUGAUGAGGCUGGACGAGGGGCCGGCGCACACCAAAAACUGGAGGCCUCAGCUGCUGGUGUUGGUCAGUACGGAUGUGGAGCAGAAUGUGGAGCAGCCUCGUCUGCUCUCGCUGACCAAUCAGCUGAAAGCGGGUAAAGGGCUGACCAUUGUGGGCACUGCCUUGGCAGGCACCUACCUGGAGAACCACCCCCAGGCCCAGCGGGCAGAGCAGUCUCUGCGUAAGCUGAUGGAGACAGAGAAGGUGAAGGGCUUCUGCCAGGUCACCAUCUCGUCCAACAUGCGUGACGCCACCUCCCACCUGCUCCAGGCCAGUGGGCUGGGCGGUCUCAUGCACAACACGGUGCUGGUCAGCUGGCCGCGCAACUGGAAGCAGGCUGACGACCACCAGACCUGGAGGGACUUCAUCGAGCUGGUUAGGGAGACCACGGCCGCUCACCUAGCCCUGCUGGUGCCCAAGAACAUCGCUGCCUUCCCGUCCAAUGGAGAGCGCUUCUCAGAGGGCCACAUUGACGUGUGGUGGAUUGUCCAUGAUGGAGGCAUGCUGAUGCUGCUGCCUUUCCUUCUGCGCCAGCACAAGGUGUGGAGGAAGUGCAGGAUGCGCAUCUUCACUGUGGCCCAGAUGGAUGACAACAGCAUCCAGAUGAAGAAAGACCUGACCACCUUCCUGUACCACCUGCGUAUCGAUGCCGAGGUUGAAGUGGUGGAAAUGCAUGACAGCGACAUCUCAGCCUACACCUAUGAGAAGACCCUGGUAAUGGAACAGCGAUCGCAGAUCCUCAAACAGAUCAACCUGACCAAGACGGAGCGAGAGAGAGAGAUCCAGAGCAUCACAGAUUCAUCCCGCGGAUCCAUCCGGCGUAAGAACCCGGCAGCUGCAACCACCCAGAUGAGUGUGACCGAGGAACAGCCCGGUGGGAGCAGCAAGGAGGAGGAGAAACCCGAGGAGGAGUCUGUCUCUGCUGCUGUGUCCCCUCCCGCUCAGGUCCAGCUUAUCCAUGACAGCACCACCCCGACCAGUCCCGUCAACCCGGCUACCCUGACCCAGGCCACCGAAGGGGGUGCCCAGACCCCAGGGUCUGCCCAGGUCCAGAUGACCUGGACGGAAAAGGCCGAUGGUGAGCUGGCCAAGCCGCCUGGCGCCUCCACACCGGAGGGCAUCAAAGACAUCUUCAACAUGAAGCCUGAGUGGGAAAACCUAAACCAGUCCAAUGUGAGACGCAUGCACACAGCACUGAGGCUCAAUGGUGUCAUCGUGAAGAAAUCCUCAGAGGCCAAGCUGGUUCUCCUUAACAUGCCCGGGCCGCCCAAAAACCGAGCGGGCGACGAGAACUACAUGGAGUUCCUUGAGGUCCUGACUGAAGGUCUCAACAGGGUUCUCCUGGUUCGCGGUGGCGGUCGUGAGGUCAUCACCAUCUACUCUUGAGAGAGCAGCCACCCCCCCCCCCCAAAUCCCUGAUCCCCGCCCCUUCCAUUUGUUUCUGUCAGACACUCCCCUCACACCCAAGCAAUACCCCAUCUCACCUUGCGUCUCUUCACGCUAUCUUCUGUUUGCCUUAAAACACACUCUCACACACACAAACACACAAUCUAUUCAGGCUAGUAGGAUGCUAUUUAGAUUACCUCACACACUUUAGUCCACUUCCAAUUCACCCAGCAAGAUUAUCAAUCAGUACUCUGAAAUGAAAUAGCGUGAAAUACUGCCCUCUGCUGAUUGCAGGUAGCCAUCACUGUCCAGUUCCACACCCUUUGUGCUAUUCAUAGCUGCCUAUUGGUCAAUCCACUGGUCACUUGGCUAUGGAGUCAAGGAUACAGAGGGUUAGGUGAGCUGGGUUGUUCAGUGUGACGUGUGUGUCUGCGUGUGUUUAAGGCUGUGUUUACACAGGUAGCCUAAUUAUGAUGUUUUCUUCAGUAAUUGGUCUUUUGACCAAUCAGAUAAGCUCUGAAAAAGAUCUGAUGUGAUUGGUAAAAAGACCAAUUAUUGGGAAAAAUAUCAGAGUUGGGAUGCCUGUGUAGACGCAGCUUAAGUGUCUCAUUCAUCCGAUUGUGGUUUGUUUUUACGAGGGGAUGUUUUAGAGUGUCAUCGAUUUGGAGUCACCUACCUAUCAACAUGGAGUAGCCUACCGCAAGACUGAACAGUGGUCAGUGGAGAACUGAGGAUGUUGACGUUGUGUAGCUAGUCGUGUAUAUGACCCUGCGAAACCACAGCGAAGAGAGAAUACCAAAAAACUCCUGUGGGAAACCCUGUUCAUUAAGUGCGGAGAUGACCACCGUCGAGAAAGACUGCUACCCAUGGUCAUGGUUGGUGGUUUGAAGAGAACUUGGUCAUUCUUUUAAUCAGGGUAAGUUGUGAACGAAGGAACACAGUUUGGAGGAAGAUGGGAGAGAAACGAACAAGCCUCCGUGAUGACAUAGAUCGUACUCUAUGAACUUUGACCUCAUCUUGAGUACUCUGCAACAUGUCGUCCUCAUGUCGCUGUACUUUGUUUUUGCUCUCGCACUGUCAUCAUAUUUAUACUUGUCCCUUUUCCCCCUUUCUAAGAGUCUAUGUUUCCCGUCUAGAUCCAGCCACUGUUAGUGCCAAAAACAACAAGGCUAGCUUGAUUUAAGAUAUUGAUACGUUGUUAAACUGUGAGGAGCGUUCUUAGCGGAAAGGUCAUCUGUCAGAAAAGCAGGGGCUCUUUCUCAAUGUUAUUUCCUUGAUUCCUACUAUCCCCUUUGCUCGACUCCUUGGACAGAGGAGAGACAUAGAAUCGAGGAAAGACAAUUGAAAAAGAGCCCCUGCUCUUAUGUCAGACGACCUUUCCACUAAGAACGAAAAACUAAAAAGAGCCAGGGAAAGAUUAUGAGCAGAGAAUGAGAAAGAAAAACAAGGAAAAGACAGGAAUAGAUUAUGAGCAGUGAGUUCAUCAUUGUCAGACACCAACACCCCUUGACCCCAGUGCGGAUCACUGUAAAUAGUGUAAAAGCUCUGACGCGUUGUUAAUUAUGAGUGUAGUAUGUUCGUGACUUACUAUAAAGCUUCUAGUAGAGAAAAUGUUCCUUCUCUCAAAGGGUCGGUUCAAAACUGCUUUUGGAUGGCUUAGGCUCCUAUCACUAUGGUAACUGUCACUGUAUCCCUGACGAAUACUGCACCUGCACUGUCCCCCACUGUGCAACAGGUGAUUUAAUGAAUUUACCAGUUCAUUAAAUGAACAUUUUUCCACCUAGAAAACAAAAUGUUGUUUCUUAUGUUUAUAGACAAAAGUUAUGCAUAUUUAUAUAAUAGAGAUAUAAUUUUAAUUAUCGCAAAAAAAAAAUAUUAUGUUGUUUUGCCAAAUUUAGAUAUGUUUACAUGUGCCAUAUAAAAAAAUAUUUUUUAAAUGAAAUAGAUCUAUGAAAGUCUAAUAUUGAUUUAAAUUACGGAGUACAAAUUGUGCAUUAGGUUGAAGGGUUAGAGUGCAAUUGAAUAGUAAUAGAUAUAAAGUGAUGGAAUGGAAAAGGGUUACACAGCUAUGAAACUCACCCCAUCUGUAACACUGAACCCUAUGCAGUAUAAUCCAAAUAUAGUUUUUUCGUAUCCACAAAAUUGGCAGAUUUGAGCCAAUAUGUAUGGCCCUGACAAUGAAUGGAUUAUUAGCUAAUUAGAACAAAGACGUAUAAAGUGCAUUUUGAAAGGAAUGUGCAAUAGCUGAAAUUUGGUCUCACAUAUUCAUGUUAUUUAUUUUUUUACUCAUCUAUUUUGUAUGUAGAUUUCAUAUGUCUAAGGAAUUUAUUAAUAUAUCACAAUGACCAAGGACAACUAUCAUCAUGUAUUUAUUUUGUGUUUUGAAAGUCACUUGCACUUGUAGUAGAACUAUAUAUAUAUAUAUAUAUAUAUAUAUAUAUAAUAGAGGGUUCAAAACAACAAAUUAAACUAGUUUAUAGAGCUGUUGAACCCAGUAUUUAUGUUUAAAGUGUUGUUUGAAAGUCAGACUCAUAUGUUGUGAAUUCUGCUAGUAUUAUUAGUUAUUUGUAAAUUAACACAUCUAAAGGAACAUACAAAAGAUAUCAGAAAAAGGGUAGGCAUAUAUAGAAAUACAUAUCAAUGCUGGUGGUUUGUCUCCUCCAAGACUUGACCCAGCUUUACCUAUUAACUAUUGACCUGAGAGUCUUUCUGGACAGGAGUCAUUUUCAGCUUUGGAAGAGAACUUUCCUGAAUAUAUUAUACAGUAUCUUGAGGCAAUACUUAUACCAUUAGGGUGCAAUUUGUUUGGGGGUCCGGGGGCAGUCCCCCCCUCCAGUGCUUUUUUAUUCUUUUCACAAAUGGCACUCUUGAUUAUUCCAUCCUCUUCAAUCCACAUUUAGUCUAGAGAAACUCUGAGCCCAGACUGCAACUUUGAACGUUUUAUCAAGUUGAAUUGACAACAAUCGUGCAAUAAAGUGUUGUUAGAACUUAAAGAUAGUAAAGUUCUUUGUUUUACAUUUUGAUUGAUUUGUGUGAAAUGUUAACUGCAAUUCACUGGUAGUUCUCUGCCAGUUACAUCAGAUCUCUUACUAGAGCAAACUCUAGCAACUGGUCUAGCCACUGCUAGUUUUUACAUAUGGCCAAUAUAUGACUACAACCAUAUGACUCUCUCCUAUUAUUACACACUUUGAUUAAUAGACACUCAUAUCAACUUUCAAAAUACUUGCCUAUUUUGGAAUUUUACUACAACAUUGCCUGCAUUGACUGAGCCUUUAAUCUAUUUAUAAAGAAAAGAUCUCAGAUGUUGGUGAAAAAAGGAUUUAUGGGAAAUUAGUUUGUUUGAAUUUCCAAUGUGUUUUAUAAUUACUGUUUGCAUGGUCUUAUGUGGAAAUAUUUGUUUCAGUGGUAUAUGGUGUGAUGACUUAUAUGUACAAGGCAAGUGGUUUGGAAGGGGAGUGUCCUCCAUCUACACUAGGGCUCCCUUUGGGGGUCUGUGAUUAAACUACAAGACAUUGCUUUGGUCACAGAAAAGAGAACUUGAGAAUGAUUGCCUCGUGGUUACAUAGUUAGACAUUGAAAACAAGUAUUUUGCAAAAAAAAAGUAUGAGUUCACAAUAUUGUUGUCAAUCUUGCUAAAUUAAUGUUGCGUAACGUAAUAUGAGUUUAUACGUUGAAUAGAUGGGCCUGAGAGAUGUUCCUUUUGCUUUGUAUAUAACACUGCAGUCAAAAACACUGUAGCCUACGGCGAUGUUUGUUGUCCUUUGUUGUACACUGGUUUAAUCACUGUGGACAAAGUCUUAGCGUUCUGUAAGAUUAUGUGCAAUAUUGUUUUUUACUUGGGGAAUCAUUUUUCAUUUGGUUGUAUAACAUUGUUGUUUUUCCAUUGGAACACAUUAACAACUGACAAGUUGACGGUGUGCUCAUUAGAAUGUUUAGAGCCAGGUCUUAUGCACCAUAAAGUUAUUUUGUGUUCAUCUCCUCUGUGGUGGCUGAGACAGAAAAGCACUUUAUCUAGAGCUAACACUUGUUGUGAUUGAAGGUUAGAGGACAUAAUCAGUGUUUAAUAAAAACUAACUUGCCCAGUUUA